AACGCUCGCUAUCACCGACACCAUAGUUUCCAGUGUUAUCAGUGUCAUCGUGAUAAUAUUAUCCAGUGGGUCGAGUAGUGCAUGUCGAAGAUGGUUAAAUUCCCACUUUGUUGAUGAAGAUCUAACGGAAAGAGGAUGAGGCCGCUGCCAGAGUCGCCGAGACUCGCUUUUUUCGAGUGUCCGAUCUUAACAAAUGAACAGUCCCAGGUGACGUAAUAGUGAGUCAUGGCAGACAUCCAGAAGAAGUUUCUUUGUCCGCGGCUGGUGGACUACUUGGCCAUCGUCGGAGCACGUCCACCGACCCAGCGGUCAGGGAACAAUGCCUCUCCACCGGUGCAGGCUCCAGAGCUGUUGCGCCGCUACCCAGCGGACGACCACAAGGAUUUCCCCCUGCCUCUGGACAUGGUAUAUUUCUGUCAGCCUGAGGGGUGUGUGUCGGUGGGGCCGAGACGGACAGCCUUGCGGGAGGCAACGUCCUUCGUCUUCACUCUGACUGAGAAAGACUCUGGCAAGAGCAGGUAUGGGAUAUGUGUCAACUUCUAUCGACCGUUGGAGAGAGCAGGGGCAGCACCUAGUGGGUCUGCGCGAGACAGGCGCGACAGACACCUGCGCAGAGAGAGUUGGCGCAAGAGUAUGGACAAGAGCAGUGACUCUGCGUUCUCAAGUGACUACAGGAGUACCGUAGCACCGAGCGACUCAGAUCGAGAGAGUCGAAGGGAUUCAGAGGGCUCUCGGACCAAUCAGAACUCUCGAUUGGCUCCUGCGCCAACCAACGACUCUGAGAGUGGCGGAUCACAUUCCCCCUCCCCUCGUGCCAGCCGCAAAAGACAGCGUGUAAGGAAUCAUUCGCUGACCUCAUUGUGCCUGCUCACUCAUCACCCGUUCUUUUCAAUAUUCCGUGAGUGUCUUUUUAUCCUCAAGCGUCUGAUAGAUGCUUGCAAUGAAAACUCUUCACCACGCAGAGUUGGGGCUUCCAGACAAAUUAACAGUGAUUCAGAUAAUGAUUCUGCAAAUAUUGUGCUAGAAGAGUCGAUUCAUCUUGGCAGUGGCUCUCUACAGAGAGAUACUGUGUGGAGCUGUUUGACUGGUCGGAUGUUUGACGGGACGCCAUCAGUCGUUGUUCACGAUGUCCGGGAGAUCGAAACUUGGAUCCUGAGGUUGCUGAGCGCUCCUGUUCCUGUGCCUGGCAAAACUAGAGUCGAGGUGGAAGUUUUAUCGCCGAGAAUUCACCCACCUCUAGUAUUUGCUCUACCAGACCACACUCGCUUUUCAUUGGUAGACUUCCCGCUUCAUCUGCCUUUAGAGUUAUUGGGAGUCGAGACCUGUUUAAAGGUCUUGACUCUCAUCCUUUUAGAAAAUAAGUUGCUGAUUCAGUCUAGAGACUACAAUGCGUUGUCCAUGUCAGUGAUGGCGUUUGUCACACUUAUAUAUCCACUGGAGUACAUGUUUCCGGUUAUUCCUCUGCUGCCUACCUGCAUGAGCUGUGCUGAACAGCUCCUUCUAGCUCCGACACCAUUUGUGAUUGGGAUUCCCGCAAGUUUCUUGAUGUUCAAGAAGAACUUUCGUCUGCCUGAUGACAUCUGGCUCAUAGAUCUUGACUCCAAUAAGAUUUCCCCACCCACUGGGAUGGCGGAGGAUAUUCCUCCCCUACCUGAGCCCGAGGGAACCAUCCUCAAGAACCACCUGAGACAGGCAAUGCAACUUAUGGAUCAGGCUCUGAGCAGUCUAUCAGCUCCUUCACAACAAGGGUCCAACUCUCUCAAUGCCAACACGACAACACCGCGAGAGCUCGGCAACAUGCUGCGUAGAGAGAGUGGCAACCCUGUCACAGCCACAUCGCAAUACCAGCAAGUGAACCUUGGUUACUCGCCCCAGGCACGACAGCCAGAGUUAAUGCAGGGUGUGCCAGGUAGCGGGGGAGUCCCGGGGGCGCAGUACCCUCCCGCCUCCUUCAACCCAUUCAUCUACGGCAACGAUGUUGAUUCUGUAGACGUUGCCACCAGGGUCGCCAUGGUGAGGUUUUUCAACUCGCAGAACCUCCUGGCCAACUUCACCGAACACACUCGAACACUGCGGCUCUACCCUCGACCUGUCGUUGCUCUGCAGACCAACAGCUUCUUGCGCUCUCGACCCAGAGCCUCGCCUUUCCUCAACAAGUUCGCCAGAACGCAGGCUGUAGAGUUCUUGGCAGAAUGGGCCUUAACACCAAGCAACGUUGCGUUUCUACGAGUUCACACUGGUAUGUUUGACCCGUCCGUCAUCGGAGACAAGGCCAGGUGGUUUUCCCAUCAGUUGGAACCGAUAAAUUUUCCUGUCUGGGAUGACAACAGCUCACUGAGUGGUGCCCUCAAGUAUCUACCACAGCAAGAACAACCUACAGAUGAAAGUGGUUCGGACUCAGAAGGAGCAGACAGCACAAGUUCGUCCUACUCCUCUCUCAGUGAUUUUGUCUCGGAAAUGGUGUCUUCAGAUCUCUCUCCCUGUUUUACAACUCCGGAGGCAGCUCCAGUGGGCAUGUCCAGUGCAGUUGACGUACAGGCUGUGUAUCAUCCCCCCUCCGUACUACAGGUGCCGGGAGAAGCAGAGGUUCCUGCCAGCUCCCACCACUCCCCGGUGUCUUCCUCGGCGAGCUCUGAGAGCGACCUUAGUCCCCAGGAACUGCGGCCUGAGAUGCGUUCUGUGCAGGAAGGUGGAGAGUCGGACAGUAACUCUACGCCACGGACCGUCGUCAGCAACAAGUCGUCAGCUCAGACACUCAGCAUGGACUCGGAUGUCUCGGUGGUAGAAUCUCCUCGACCUUCUUCCACUACCUUUACAACCCCUCGUAGACCCAUCCCUGUACCCCCGAUGAGUCCUGGGCCGGCCAGACAGAUGAGUAUAGGCAACGUGCUGUCCCGAACUGCCUCCGUGUCAGGGUCUCCUCCAGGAGUGACUAGACAAGGGUCCCAGAGUAGUCUGAUAGACCAUCUCACAUCGCAGGCCAAGGAACUGGUCAGAGAGACACGACAAGGGAGUCAGGAGGGACUGCUGGCCCAUGUGGACAAGCUGACCCUGACAGCCAAGAAGGCAGCCGGGGAGGCUCAGAAGCAGGCCAUGGAGGCUGGGAAGACGGCUGCCGGAGUCAGCAAGAACACGUUAGAGGACCUCACUUAUGUGGGCAAAAGCACCUUUGGGGAUCUCACCAAAAGUGCCAAGGAAGUAGCGUCAAAGAAGGGACUUUUGAAGGCUCUGGGAGACUCCAGGGAGAGAAGGUCAUCUGCAGAUGAGCAACAGCAGACGUCGUUAGUUCAGCCCGACCUCAGCAGAACGACAGGCAGGGACUUCUUCAGCAACAUCAGCAGCGACCUCAACGGCAUUGCCGCCCAGACCACCAGCAUCUUCAGCGAUUUGUUUGGAAACAAGAGUCCAAAGUCCGCGCGAGACAACCAACCGCAGCAAGUGCCGCCUCCUAGGCCCAAAGAAAAAGCCCAACCCUUUGGACCGUUCCCGAAAGUCGGUGUGGUAGGACGCAAGACGUUUGUGGAGAGGUCACCACUGAUACGUCACACGACAUCGAGAGGAAGAGACGACCUACAACGACAGCAGAGCAACGAGAGGUCGUCCACUAACUCGGACAACCAGGCCUUCUUGAAAGAUGUGGUGAGUCAAGUGCUGGAGGGAAAGGGUGUUCAAUGGCUGAAGAUGAACAGGCUGAAGAAACUGAUGGAGGAUGAGAGUUACCGCAACUUCAUGGUGAGCAAACUGAACCGAACCUUGGAGCGCAAGAUCAGCCCAGCCGACCACAUAGAUGAUGUGUGUAUAAGCCAAGCGCAGUGGAAGGGUUGCCUGACUGUCUUGCAGGCGAUAGUGAAGGGGUUGGAACAGACAUACAGCAACAACGGACUUGGAGGAAUGGCUUCAGUGUUCCAAGUAUUGGAGAUCGCUCACACCCACUACUGGACCAAGGAUUUAGCAGAUGGAGGGUUGGACCCUAGUAUGCUGUCUCAGUCGAGCAGCCCGUUUGGUAGCCGAGAGAAUCUUCGUUCUCCGCAGAGUCCCAGCAGUUCCCCAGUGCCUUCUCAUUAUCCGCCUGAUUCGUCACGCAAGUCUUCCCAAGGCAGUGCCUUCGGGGAAAGCUCAGGUAUCUACGGACAAAACCCGUCAGUUAGGCUGGUGCAAGAACCAGGCGAAUCAUCGGAACAAAAUCCGCAAUCAACGGCCGAAGUGUUCCGUGAUCUGCUCAACCAGAAAAGACAAAUGUUGCUCAGCAAACUGACAUCAGUGGAUACCGAGAGCUCUGACCUGGGAGCGGGUCUGCACGGGUCUCCGGAUGCUGGCAGUAGCGAGGCCGGGUCUAUCAUCACCAACCCAGCGUACAGUCUGCAGCGAGGUCAUCGGAACAACGCGAGCUUCAGAAGCACCGUGUCCGACAGCGAGAUUGAGCAGGGCAAUUUUCCUCGCCAACAAAAGCCUCGCAAUCCUAGUGUGUGGUCGAGCAAAUCUUCUCUAAGUACUGGUUUCCGAUAUCACGGAGGUAACCUACACAACACCUCUACGACUCCAAGCCCGGACUCUGGGAGGAUAUACCUAUUCCAAGGUCUACUGGGCAAGGACAGGUCCACUGUAUGGGACCAGAUGCAGUUCUGGGAGGAUGCGUUCUUGGAUGCUGUUAGUCAGGAGAGAGAUAUGGUCGGAAUGGACCAAGGCCCCACAGAAAUGAUGGAGAGAUAUAAGUGCCUGAGUGAGACAGAACGUAAGCGGUUGGAGCACGAGGAGGACAGACUUCUGUCUACGAUGUUGUACAACCUGACGGCCAUCAUGUUGAUGAUGAAUGUGACCAAGGCAGAGUUGAGACGCAAGGUGCGUCGUCUGCUAGGCAAGAGUCACAUUGGCCUUGUUUACAGCCAAGAGGUCAACGUUCUACUGGACCAAAUCGAGAAUCUGCAUGGUAACGACAUAGACCUGAAGCCGCUAGGGUCACGACAGUCUCACCGUCAGAGUUUCACCGUUCAUUCUGGAUGUGACUCCUCGGGAGAUUUGCUGUUCAUGGAGGUGAGGGAGGACGGAAUCGUGCUACGGUCAGUCAACGGAGUCAUCGUGGAACGCUGGUGGUACGAGUACUUGGUCAACAUGACAUACAGUCCGAAGAAUAAGGUUUUGUGUCUUUGGAGGAAGAACAGCGGCCAAACACAGCUGCAUAAAUAUUACACAAAAAAGUGCAAGGAUCUGUACUACUGCAUCAAAGAGUCGAUGGAGAGGGCGGCUGCGCGAGGACAGGGUGCUCUGACAGGGGUGGAGCUCGGAGGAGAGUUCCCUGUUCAGGAUCUCUCGUCGGGGGAGGGAGGGCUGCUCCAAGUCUGCAUGGAAGGGGUGGGGCUGCUCUUCGCCAAUAGCAAGUUUUUCGUCAGACUGGACCACAUUCGAAAAUGCUUUACUCAGAAAGGGGGCAUCUUUAUAUUGGAAGAGUUUAAUCCGAAAACACGUCAAGUUAUCCAAAGGCGAUACAAGUCAUCAAUGGCCGACCAGAUUUGUUACGCUGUUCUAUGUGUGUUCUCCUACAUGGCAGCCGGCCACGAGCAGAAGCGAGCGCUGCGUCACUGACGUGGACUGGCGUAAACAUGACUCUCUGUAUAUCCUCAUGUUACAUCGGCUUUAGACAACGACUUACAUAUAUUAGUUGUAUCCUCUUAGUGAGCUAAUGCAUUAAUUAUUCAAAAGUACCUAAUUUCUUAACACAUAUUAAUUUCACAGCCCAAAUAAACCUCUCUUAAGGAGUUACUUUGAAGUGGAGAAUAUUAGUUUGCAGAAUCAAAUAAAAUAGUUCUUAGUUGACAAACCUGUUUGAACAUACGGUAGAAUCUCUUUUAGCCAAACAAAUUUUCAUGACUAAUGGAAACAGCUUAAAUAAGUGAAAACACUUAAAUACAUCUUUGACAAAGGAAGAGAAACACUUCCUAUCUACUCUAUGGUUUACAAUCCCUGUCUUAUCAUAAAUAGAUGGUGAACAAAUUCUUGAUUCUAGACAAAAUGAAAAUACAGAUAAACUAAUAAUAGCAAAGUUUUGGCAACAUGAAAUGGACUCUCCUUUAUUUUGGGUAAGAGAGGUUCCACUGUUAUCAGUGUUAACCCUAAAUUUAGUUAUGAAAUUUUUCCAAUUGUAAAACUUGUAGUUGUCUAUGGGGACAUCAGAUGAGAACACCGUAGAAUAAAACAUUAAAAGUUACCGCCUUGUCAAUAUUAGAGUGUGGUUGACAAUAUUAUCUGUAAAUAUGCAUCUAGUCUGUAGUGAGUAAGAAAAUAAUGUGCCCCAAAAUGUAAGAUCUGUAAAAUAAAUUGUUUUUGUUAAAUUAAUAUAGCUUUAAAACGUGGAGCUAAAGAGGAAUAAUUGUUUUUGAAUAUUAAAAUAAGGAUUUAGCCUAUAAAUUAAUUUUUUUAACCCUCCGGAACAUGUGAUUUGUGAAAUCUCUUUUUAUAUGUGUUAAACGUUACGUUUGUAAGCUGCAACAAUAUGAAUUCUUGGCUCUCAAACUUUCAAGGAAACAAUGAAAACUUCAUGUUGUUAGCCUCCGGAUCACUGGUAUAGUAAUAAAUAAUGGUUAAAAUACCUUAUACUGUCAAAGUGAUCCUUUGUAGUCUAUAUAGCUACUGCAGUUUCGUUCCCGAUGGGGUCGAAAGGUCAGUCUAGACCUGCCCUCCGUGCGUAUCGGGUUUCCCGGUACCGGCGUUUUUGUAAUGUUUAUUUAUAAUUGUUCGUAUUUUUGUUUGUGUGUAAUUAAAUGUGUGACAUCGAUAGAUUCUAACUUAAACGACUUCGUCUGGAACGAAAUUUGAUGUCCUUGACAGCCCGAUGAAGUUCCCAUCGGGAACGAAACUGCAGUAGCUAUAUAGACUACAAAGGAUCACUUUGACAGUAUAAAGUCUUUAAACCAUUAUUUACAACAAUGAAAAAUAUUAAUGUAUUGGCUGACUUGUCUAUUGUAAGAAUUUACCAAUUACCACUAACAUUUAGCAUUUGCUACGUUUGUGUACAAUUUUCUAAACAAUAUAAAAAAUAUGGAGUUUAUGUUUAUGUUAGUCAACGGGUAGUUAAAAAGCACUCCCUUACACAAAAUACACAAGUUAACUUAAAAUGUAUUAUAGAACAUGUUAAUACUGUAUAAUGUAAAACAAAGUAUUGAUGGUUCUAUUUUGUGUUGUUAUUAUGUAAAUAGUCAUAGUAUAUACUGUAUAUUUGUGUAUAGAGAUAUUUAUAGUAUUGAAAAAUAAAUGAAACUGCUAUUAAUAUAAAUUGCAUAUAUGAAUUGUUUGAUCAGGUAUGAUACAGUGUCUUGUUAUUAUGUCUUGAGUGUUUGAUGGAAGAUAACUGUUUCAGAGUGGAUAUAAAAAUUACAGCAUUAUUGAAGUUUACCUAUAUUUUUUAUAUACUUAAACUUUAUACCUUUCUGUUACAAUUGUGUAGAUAAAAUAUGUAACGCAAAGUAAAAUUCAUCAUUACAUAAAAGCAUUGAGUAUGCACGUAUAAGCAUAUAAGCCUCUGAGGACCUUUUAAUCAUUUAGUAUUAAAAACUUAUUAAAAAACAACGAAACUAAGAACAAACAAAUGAAUUUCAUCAACAAAAAUGACAUUUUACAACCUACAAUGAAAGUAAUAAUAAAAAAACAACCAAACUACCUUACCAACAAUCCCGAAGUGAAGUAGUUCCGGCCGCUGACGCUACUCUGCAACAGCGCUGUUCAGGUAACGAUAACCUCCAUUCAGUGGCUACUCUAAUACGUGUAUACUCAAUGAUAAAAGUCAUUAUUCUAAAGCUUGUUGGUACAAUUAACUCAGUAAUGUGAGGUUAACUGUUGAAAACAGUCCAUUGGUAUGAAAAUGGACUCUGUAAAAAAUUAACUAUCAUAGCCUGUGACCCAUUUGAACUAAUUCAUCCACUAAUCGUUUAAGACUAAAAUAAAAUGACAAAUGAGCAAUAGCUUUAUCAUGAUCAGUCCGUGUUCGAAAUUGGCAAUAUUAACUGUUAAUUGUUUUUAUAUGCAGAGUCUAUGUUUGUGUUGUCCCUGCAUGUAUAUGGAUUUGAUGUUUUGGUAUAUUUUGUACUAUUUAAUUUGUACACCAAACUAUUUGUAUGUUUGUCGUAAAUGGGAUAAAAAGAUUGGUUUUCUACCUUUGACAAAAAUGUUGAAAAAGUUUGAACUGCUGUGAAAAUAUUAUUUUAUAAAUUUGAAUGGACAUAUCGAAAAAUGUGCUUAUUUUGUAAACGUUGCUAUGUUUAGUAUAUAAAAGCAAAAAUUAAAUGAAUU